GUUUCAAUCUCUAAUGAGGACACUUGGUGGAGCCCCUGGACCUAGUGAACUAAGUGUUCGGUGAAUGCACCGGAACUUCUUCAUCUAUUAUGCAUAUUAAGUGAACAGCGACAUGCUAAACCUCUUAGCCACAGCUGAGGGAGAGUAUGGGGGUUAUCGUUGAGCUCCAGAUCUAAAAUGUCAGUUAGCCUCUUAAGUGUCUUUAUCUAGGUGAGUGAGCUCUCAAAUAGUUGUAAGUGAGAACAGACUGAUUUAUGGAAAGGGGGCUGUGACGAAAUAUAGAUUUAAAAGCCUUCGGGGAGCCUGCACAUCAGAAACUAUCAGUCUUCAUAUAAAACGCCCACGUGUGGUGUUUUAAAGGAUCUGUCCGUUGCAAUGACCGAGCCGCUCAAAUAAAGAAACACGUAAAGUGACACAUGCAGACACUGAAUGUCUCUCUCUCUCUUUCUUCCUCUCCUUCCCUCUGUCAUUAGAUAUAUACAAUACAAUAGACAUGCUGGAGGCCAAGAAAGGUUUUGCUAUACAUUGGUAUAAUGCAGACGUGCAGACAUGCACACAGGGCAUUUUGGGCAAAACAGUUAAAAAGAAGAUUAUAAACCCAACAUCUCAAACUGUAUGAGUUACCCUAUACAUCUCCUUCUCCAGUGACCAUACUGCAUUCAUUUAAAACUUCAGCAAAGUGACAUUGCGAUCAUAUCCAUUUCCGAGCCGUAGACAGAAUGAUGACAACUACACACACCUCUGUCACAGAGAGAUGGUGAUUUCCCCCCCUGUAGAAUCUGCCUAUCUUUAGGGAGAGCUGUGAAACAACGAGCAAUUCUGACAAUUCUUUCCUCAAAUUGGAAGUGCAAUUAGAUCAUGCCAAAGUAAACGUCUGCUAUACUUGAGUGGCUGAAAACCAUUAAUAAAUCAUGUCUUGAAACUCUAGUAAUAAUCUGAGCUUUCUCACAUUUAACUUCAUUGUGCAUUGCAGGACUAAAACAAUGAUUUUAUCAUUUUACAACAAGAAUUGAGAGAUGUCAAUGUGUCUCUUGGUGCACAGUCUUUUUCUAUUACACUGCAGUCGGAUGGACUACUGAUUGUUUUCACCCCACCUUUUCUUUUGUCUGCCCCCACAUUAUAAGCCCCAUAAUGUUAUUUAAUCGUGGACAAGUGUUUUAAACUACAGAGAAAAGCAAUUAUGCUAAUCGCUCCUCGGCGCUCAUCAAUCAUCCACAACAGCGCUGUCGAUGUUCUGAAGUGAGAUCCGCCAGUCGUUUCUUGCGGGCAGGUGUUCCAGAGAGGGAGAGCGGAACACACCCUCAUUAAUUUGAGCGAGACCUCGGGGCUGCUCACUUGUCUGAGUCUGGCGGUCUCCCCGAGCAAGUACGUCCUUCAGCUAAGGAUAUUAAGAGUCAUAUUUUGUGCGCUCAAAAUGAUCACUAAACAUUUGGUUACUGAGGAGGUUUCGCUAUUUGAAAUUUCUUUCUAAUAACAGUUGUGCGCUGUCUACGAAUUGCUAGUUUUGUUUAAAGUAGAGAACUGUAUGAAUUAAUUUCACCUGUGACAUAUGAACUUCUUCAAGACUUUUUUUUCCGAGUGGGUGUUGAAGAGAAGCCUGGAGCUUUAAAGGACAGUCUGUGACGUCACGGGGAUGGAUGUUUAAAACAAACGUGCAUCUGGGCUGACGUUUUGUUAUGGAUUUUUUUUCUACUGUACAACAUGUUUAUUCAAGCCCGCUGCGUGAAGAGGAGUUAACAGUUUAUAUGCGAUAGCUAAUACAUUUAUUAAGGGACUGUUUAUCAAGUUUUCUGCAAACAACGAAUAAUCAGAUCCGUGGGAUUUUGCCUGACUCCUGCAGCUUCGUGCAUACAGUAAAGGAUUACUCUUAUCUAUGAACGUAUGACAGCCAGCACGACUUUGGCGUGGGACUGAGCCAUAACCUCCGUCUUGGACCAUGUCAUAUUCGCAGUUUGGCUAUUCAUACACAACUACACCGCAGCUGCUGAUGGCUACCAACACUCUGAGCACCUAUUGCGAGUCCAACAGCAGGUCCUUGAUGGAGCCCAGUCUAGCGACUUCCCCGCAGAGCUCGCUGUACUGUCCCGUGUACGAGAGCAGGCUUCUGGCCUCGGCUCGGCAUGACUUAAACCCUGCAAGCACCAUUGGGGUUUACGGGAGCCCUUACACCAAAAGCCAGAGUUACGGCACCUACACCUCAUAUGGAAGCGACGCCACAAGCCUGUAUUCGCUGGGAAAACUGGAUGGAAAGGAAGCAGCAGCAACUGCACAUUCAGGAGUUGCGCAAAGUGCAUAUUAUCCAUAUGACCACACCUUUAGCCAGUAUCCAUACGAAAGAUACGGAUAUGGAUCUGUGGAUGUGGCCACAAGGAGGAAGAACGCCACCCGGGAGACUACAAGCACGCUGAAAGCCUGGCUGCAGGAGCACAAGAAGAAUCCUUAUCCCACCAAGGGCGAGAAGAUCAUGCUGGCCAUCAUCACGAGGAUGACCCUCACACAGGUAUCUACCUGGUUCGCCAACGCGCGUAGGAGACUCAAGAAGGAGAACAAGAUGACCUGGUCCCCGCGCACGAAGAACUCAGACGACAAAGGCUGCGAUGACGACAGCGACGACGCGGAAGGCUCACAGCCGGAGCCAAUCAAAUCCGUGAAGGAAUUCAAUGAUAAUCAGAUCGGGGUGGACACCGACCUAGCGCAAAGUGAUUUGGAAGACUUUGAUCUCACAGAAUCGGAUGGUUCCGAAUGCGAGCCCAAGCGUCAGUUUCACGUGAUCACCCACUCGCAGGGACGUUCAAAUGAUCGCAUUGAAGUGGAGCCAGCGAAUGCGUCCAGGCCAGAAUCCUUUGAUGGAAAUGAAGGCUUUCAUAAAGACUGUGCCAGAUCACUCACACAAGACAGCGAAACAACAAAGCUAUUCUAUCAACAAGACCAGCCAAGAUCAGGGCCCAAACCUAAAAUCUGGUCCCUGGCACAGACAGCCAUUUCUUUAAACCAAACAGAGUAUCCGUCUUGUAUGCACAGAUGCCAACCGACCAAUCCUCCCUCUCCAGCCGGUCCUCAAGUCCUGGGUGUGGCGGAUAGACCACAGGACUCCCCUGUCGCUACUCUCAGGAACUGGGUCGAUGGGGUCUUUCACGACCCCUUAUUUCGACAGAGCACUUUGAAUCAGACUUCAUCAGACACUAGGUUGUGGAACGAGGCAGGUCUUCCACAGGACAGUUCACUUGGGAACGUUACCGCUACACAGCUCACUUAAGAAAAGAUAAAUAUUUUUAUUUGUUUUGUUAUUUUUUUAUAUAAAGAUACGUAUUUGUGUUGCCUAAUACACACAUCAUCAAAAUAUAGGACAGCCAAGUCUGGAAGGUCUGCAGAAAUAUGAAAUAUGAAUGAUUAUUGUUUGGGAGAAACACAGUGACGUUGGAUAAGAUUUUGCCAAGACAUUUUUUAUUUAUUGUGCUUUUUUUGCUUUGCAAGACACGUUCCCACUUUUUGUCUGGAGGCAUGUGGGCACAAACCCCGAAAUGUAAAACGUGUAUUGUUUCCCGGCCAUCAUUACUGUAUGAUAGCACACUAGAGCACACAUGUUACAAACAAUGCGCCUUGCUAACAGAUCACUGAAAAUAAACGGCCGCUGAGAAGAAAAACUUACAGUGUGUAAUUGAAUUGUGGGCCGCUGUCCGUGGUACUGAAACAUACACACAAUACCACGUUGAGCACAAAGAUGUGCCUGGCCAGCGACCUGACUCCAUCUCUCUCUCUCUCUCUCUCUCUCUCUCUCUCUCUCUCUCACACACACACACAGCC